AUGACUUUAAAAAAAAUAAAUGAUCAUGUUUCUGAAGCCGUUUACACUAGUUGUAAUUUUAGUUUCAAAACUACUAAAAUAGGUGAGGAACUUCAUAAGAAUAGGAAUUACAAUAAUGCCUAUGAGAUUUUUAAAGCUAACUCUGAAAGAAACGAACCGGCCGCUUCAUUCUGGAUUGCUUAUUACAUUGAACAUGGUUAUGAAAUCAUCGAAGUUAAUAAAUUUAAAGCAUACAUGCUUUAUAAAAAGGCUGCUGACCUUG